AUGAAUAGUGAUCAAGUUACGCUGGUGGGCCAAGUAUUUGAGUCCUAUGUCUCAGAAUACCAUAAGAACGAUAUUCUUCUCAUCUUAAAGGAAGCGGAUGAAGAUGCUCAUUACCCAGUGGUGGUUAAUGCCAUGACCCUUUUUGAAACCAACAUGGAAAUUGGGGAAUAUUUCAAUGCAUUCCCCAAUGAAGUAUUGACUAUUUUUGAUAAUGCCCUGCGAAGGUCGGCAUUGACAAUUCUGCAGGCCCUCUCUCAGUCUGAGGAUAUCUCCAUGAAGCAGAACGUUCAUGCCAGGAUAUCAGGUUUGCCUGUCUGCCCUGAGCUGGUCAGAGACCACAUCCCUAAAACCAAGGACGUGGGACAUUUUUUAUCUGUCACUGGGACGGUGAUUCGAACAAGUCUUGUGAAAGUCUUAGAGUUUGAGCGAGAUUACAUGUGUAAUAAAUGCAAGCAUGUGUUUGUGGUCAAGGCUGACUUCGAACAGUAUUACACCUUCUGCAGACCAUCCUCAUGUCCUAGCUUGGAAAAUUGCGAUUCCUCAAAAUUCAGUUGCCUCUCAGACUUGUCUUCCUCUCCAGCCAGAUGUCGAGAUUAUCAAGAAAUAAAAAUUCAAGAACAGGUCCAAAGGCUCUCCGUUGGGAGUAUUCCACGAUCUAUGAAAGUUAUCCUGGAAGAUGACUUAGUAGACAGUUGCAAAUCUGGCGAUGACCUCACUAUUUAUGGGGUUGUAAUGCAACGGUGGAAGCCCUUGCAGCAAGAUGUGCGCUGUGAAGUGGAGAUAGUUCUGAAGGCCAAUUACGUCCAAGUAAAUAACGAGCAGUCAACAGGGAUCAUCUUGGAUGAAGAAAUCCGAAAGGAAUUUGAAGAUUUUUGGGAAAACUAUAAAAGUGAUCCUUUUGCAGGAAGGAAUGAAAUAUUGGCCAGCUUGUGCCCUCAAGUUUUUGGGCUGUAUCUAGUAAAGCUUGCUGUGGCCAUGGUGCUGGCUGGUGGUAUUCAAAGGACUGAUGCUGCAGGAACACGUGUUCGAGGUGAAUCACAUCUUUUAUUGGUUGGGGAUCCUGGAACAGGAAAGUCUCAGUUCCUCAAAUACGCAGCUAAGAUAACGCCAAGAUCUGUGCUUACCACUGGAAUUGGAUCCACAAGUGCAGGUCUGACAGUAACUGCUGUGAAAGAUUCCGGAGAAUGGAACUUGGAGGCUGGAGCAUUAGUGCUUGCAGAUUCAGGACUUUGCUGUAUCGAUGAGUUUAACAGUCUCAAGGAGCAUGAUAGAACGAGUAUCCAUGAAGCGAUGGAGCAACAAACCAUAAGUGUUGCAAAGGCUGGCCUCGUGUGCAAGCUGAACACAAGGACCACCAUACUGGCCGCAACAAACCCGAAAGGCCAAUACGACCCCCAAGAGUCUGUGUCUGUGAACAUCGCACUUGGUAGCCCACUCUUAAGCCGGUUUGACCUGAUUCUAGUUCUGCUUGAUACCAAGAACGAAGACUGGGAUCGUAUCAUUUCCUCCUUUAUCUUAGAAAAUAAAGGUUAUCCAAGCAGAUCAGAGAAGCUGUGGAGCAUGGAAAAGAUGAAAACCUACUUCUGCCUCAUCCGGAAGCUGCAGCCCACUUUGUCUGACGCAGGUAAUCAAGUUCUUCUCCGGUACUACCAGAUGCAGCGGCAGAGUGAUUCCCGGAACGCGGCUCGAACAACCAUCCGCCUCUUGGAAAGCUUGAUCCGAUUAGCAGAAGCUCAUGCUCGCCUGAUGUUUCGUGACACUGUGACUCUGGAAGAUGCUGUAACCGUGGUAUCAGUAAUGGAAUCCUCAAUGCAGGGAGGUGCACUGCUAGGAGGAGUGAAUGCACUCCAUACUUCCUUCCCAGAGAACCCUUUGGAGCAGUACCGGAUGCAGUGUGAGCUUAUCCUGGAAAAGCUAGAGCUGCAGAGCCUCUUGAGGGAAGAGAUAAGAAGACUUGAAAGGCUACAGGGUCCGAGUGUGCACCAUAGCCAGCCAGAGUCAGUGGAAGCAGAGACUCCUCCAGGAUCCUUUGGAAAUGAAAAUGAUCCAGGGCAAGAAUCAAAGUACAGAACCUCCACACCACAGGAGAGAAACUGUGAAAGGCAUCCUUCCUCUCCUAGAGAAAGCCCACUUCCAGGUCUCCUGUCCCCUCCAGGACAUAGUGGAUCAACAAGCAGAAAACGCUCAGCUGAACCCCAAGAUGACAGUUUCGACUGCUUUGAUUCCCUGGCGACUCAUCAGAUUGCAGCUGAGAACACUGCUCAUGUGUCUGUUAGGCCCAAAACAACUGAAGAAGUAGCUCUGAAAAAGUCCAACAGAAGACCUCACAGUAAGGACAAGAGUAGGACCAGCCAAAAGAGCAAAUCAGAGGCUCUACGGCCUCCAGCACCAAGAGGGGCAGAUGCGCCAUUGAAGCCAGACAACACUUUUCAGGGUAAAAAGGCCAAAAAGUCAGCAGUGGUUUCUGAAGUAACAGUCCCUGCUGAAGAACCAGACUCAGUGCCGACUCACGUCCCUGAAUUGCACAAGCAGCACAAGGAGAGGGCCCCGAAACUCUGCCGACAAUCUGCAGGAGUGACCUCAGGCUCCCCACACCCAUCUCAUCCUCAGUCCCUGGAGACUCCCACAAGAAAGAGACACAAACCUCCUCAAGUGGAAGAGCCCGAAUUGGAAAGUGUUGGCAACACAAGCCCCCCUGUGGCCAAACUGGCAAAAUUUACUUUCAGACAGAAAUCAAAAUUGAUCCACUCCCCUGAAGACCCCAGACAUGCAGAUACUAGUACAACUAAAAUAAUCGUUCAUAGUUCUAAAAUGUCCCAGCCUCGAACGGGAAAGGAAGCAGCUCUGUCUGGAAAAGAGCCAGAAAAGUUGAGCUCCGGCCCAGGAAACAGAGGCUCCAAUCAGUUACAAAGUCCCACAAAGGAAGUGUCAAGACAGCCACCAAAGACAGACGGAGCAGGAGAGAAGAUGGAGUGUUCCCCUGAGAGGAGAGUGCUUCGGCCUGAGCCUGAGAGUCAGGCGAGGCACUCCCACCUCACUCGUGAGAGGGAGAACAAAGAGAGCUCAUGCAGUAAUAAAAGCAGCAAGGUUCAUGCCGGCACAUUAGCCAAAUUGGCAAAUUUCUCCUUUACUUCCUCCUCUGAAUCUAAAUCAGAACCCCCUCCUCCUCCUGAAAGUAAGAAUUGCAUUGAUAGAGACCCAGGUCCUCCUGCAGCCACAGCUGCAGUGCUUGGCAGUAAAAGGAGAACUUUUCAGUUAGAGGGAUCUACCAGAAAACUCACGACUUCCAAAAACUCUCUCUUUUCUUUACCAGAACUAGAUGAUGAAGCAUUUGAUUUCGACUGGGAUGAAGAGAUAAGGAAAUAA